AACUCCAACCCAACUUGAAAAUACGAAUGCCCAAUCCUAUUCAGAAAUCUAGAAGUGGGUGAUGGCGGGUUCUGUUGUAUUGUCCUCUUUUAUACCCGAGCUUGUUACUUCCUCUUUCCUAAACAAGGAAGUUGUUGUUUCCCUCACUGUGUUCUUCACUCUACUCUGUACCUGCAUCGUGAUUGGUCAUCUUCUCGAAGAAAACCGAUGGGCUAACGAGUCUAUCACUGCUCUUCUUCUGGGAUUAUGUGCUGGAAUUGUAGUUCUGUUGGUGAGUAAAGGCCAUAGCUCGAAGAUACUUAAUUUCAGUGAGGAGUUAUUCUUCAUUUAUCUGCUUCCUCCUAUCAUUUUCAAUGCUGGUUUUCAGGUGAAGAAGAAGCAGUUUUUUCGCAACUUCUCAACAAUAUUGUCAUUUGGGGUUAUUGGCACACUGAUAUCAUUCUGCCUUAUCUCCCUAGGUGCAAUUUUUCUAUUGAAAAGGAUUGGCUUGGCAUCCUUGCUCACUCAAGAUUAUUUAGCUGUUGGUGCCAUAUUAUCAGCCACAGAUUCUGUUUGCACAUUACAGGUUCUCAGUCAAGACAAGACACCCUUACUAUAUAGUCUUGUAUUCGGGGAGGGAGUAGUGAAUGAUGCAACCUCUAUUGUACUUUUCAAUGCAGUUCAAAAACUUGAUCUCAGCAGUAUCAAUGCUUUCCUGGCCUUAAAACUUUUUGGGACCUUCCUUUACCUCUUCUGCACAAGUACCGCGCUUGGCAUAGCAGUGGGUCUUAUCAGUGCCUACAUUAUAAAGACAUUAUACUUUGGAAGGCAUUCCACAGAUCGUGAAGUUGCAAUUAUGAUGCUUAUGGCAUAUUUAUCAUACAUGUUAGCUGAGCUCUUAUCCCUUAGUGGGAUUUUAACAGUUUUCUUUUGUGGCAUUGUCAUGUCACAUUAUACAUGGCAUAAUGUUACUGAAAGCUCAAGGAUAACAACCAAGCAUGCAUUUGCAACUAUUUCAUUUAUUGCGGAAACUUUUAUAUUCCUGUAUGUUGGUAUGGAUGCCUUCGACAUUGACAAGUGGAAAGCAAGCCAUACAAGUGCAGGGACUUCAAUUGCUAUCAGUUCGACACUACUUUCUCUAGUGCUGAUUGGAAGAGCUGCAUUUGUGUUCCCUCUUGCAAACAUUGCUAACUACUUCAGAAAAAGAGAGAAUGCAAAGAUUACAUUUCGUCAACAGUUCAUAAUUUGGUGGGCAGGCCUAAUGAGAGGUGCAGUUACAAUUGCUUUAUCAUAUAACCAGUUUACAGAUUCUAGCUCAACAUCAACAUCCUCAAAAGACCGUGCACGUAUGAUCACUUGCACCAUAAUUGUUGUCCUCUUCAGUACAGUGGUGUUUGGAUCUAUAACAAAGCCUCUGAUUGAAGCUUUGCUAUUUCAAAAUUCAAAGCAAUCAAAUACAGAUGCAUCUGAAUUCCCAAGCUUCGAAGAGUUAAAUAUCUCGCUUCUUGAAAAUGGAUUGCCAAGUGAUGAGGGUGGCCAUCAAACACUCCCCAGGAGAAGUAGUCUAAGCUUGCUAAUAAGUCAUCCCACGUCAACUGUGCACUACUUCUGGAGGAAGUUUGAUGAUAGAUUCAUGAGGCCAAUGUUCGGGGGCCGCGGUUUUGUACCAUUUGUUCCUAGUUCACCCACUGGUGCAGAAGAAGUACCUUCUCAAACUUGAAGGCAACCCUGUUUACUUAUAUAACAUAUAGGAUCACAUUUUCUGCCAUAGGGUCUGUCUCAUAUCAAAUAAAUUUAGUUCUUACUAUUGUAGGAAAUAUCAAAGUAUCUUGAU